GAUAUUGAGAUUUUGAGCGGAGAUGUCGGCGAAGGAAGAGAACCGGAUUUUUGUAGGAGGCUUGUCGUGGGACACCACGGAGCGGCGGCUGGAGGGGGAGUUCGGCCGCUUCGGGAAGGUUAUCGAGGCUCAAAACUCCUGUCUAAGUUUCUGAAGCUGCCUAUUAAAAAGGAAGGGUUGUUUGUUUUUCCUCUUGAUGAAUAACCAAGGAGCUACAGACACUCUUUUGGAAGCUGACAAGUCUGCCACUUUCUGUUAUCUUUCUGUCAGCAUUGUUUUAGUUAACAGACACCUGUGAGUGCAUUUAUGAGUAGAAUGCUGGCUCAGAGUGAUGCUUCCAGUUCUUAGAGUUGAAUAUUUGAUAUAGAGCAGUCAAUGUCGAGACAAAUCUUUGAAACACAAUAGCCUUGGUGACAUAUCUUGGAUUGGAUCGUUGGUUUUGAUAUUGGCAGACGACAUUUGCAAAAUGCUAUAUCAAUGCCAUACUCUGAUGGUUUGUGAUUCUAUGUAGCACUUAAAUAUAAACUAUCCAAGGGAACUCACGAUGCCUGCUUUUAGUGGUCAUCUAAGGCUUGGCUGUUAUUUGAUAAAGGUGCUUCAUUGUUUGCCAAAACACUGUCAGAAGAGCAGCUUUUGUGAUAAAGCAUUUAAUAUGUUACUGGGAUCCCUGUUAUCUUUGAGGUUUGCUGUCUACAGUAUGCAUGAUCGUCCAGAAAAACAAUCUCAAGAUUAUGCUGCACAAUCUACUCUUCAUUGGACUGCAUUGCAGAUCAUAGAACGUUUUAAAUUUUAGUGUCAGGCUUGUUUAGUUUAAUAGCCUUUUAACUUUAACUGAAAACUUUGAAUUUAAAGGGAAGAAUGCUAGAUGCAUUUGACUAGAUCAUUCACAUCUAAUAUUGUCCAUCAGAAGGGGAAAAGAAUGUGUGACCUCAAAACUCAGUUCAAUGCUUGAUUGUUUCUUUAUAUGGCUGGCCUCCUGUAGUACUUUGUCACUAAGUUCAUAUUCUUGGUUUCUUUUUUUUUCUGCUGAUAAAUCCAUUGCAAGUGUCUUCUCUAGAUAAUAUCAUAAUACAUCUAAAUUGCUUGAUCUGGGAAUGUCUUCUCGGCAACACUGAAUGAUGGGCUUAUUAUACUUCAUGCAUUCAAUCUGUGCAAUGCAGCAUGGUUUUUGAACUUUGGUCUUUUAGAGUGAUUUAGAUGGUUGUUUAACAAGCACAGAGACCACAGGGACUGGACAAUUUACAUGGAAAACCAGCUGGAAGUUGAAAACUUUCUUCUUGGUGAUGGUUCAAGAUCAUGCAACAAAAAAAUGUGAAAAUGUACUGAAUGUGGGAAGGGUGUAGAACAGUGUUCCUGAUCUAAUAUUUUGGUUGGCGAUGAAUUGGUAUUUGAAGCCAUUAUUAGGAGAGAAAAUAGUAUAUGCAGAAUAGAUGCUGAUUUUUUUUCACAAUUUGUCAGAUUCUGUUAUUGGUCUUUGGAUUAGUGUCUGAAUCAUAUCAAGCUCUGGCCCAUCAUAAAGCUCGCACAAAAUAGCUGUUCAAAUUCAUGCUUAUGCUUGUUUUCCCUCUUUGACUUGGACAUCUUGAAUUAGAUCUUUCCUUUCCUUUGAACCUAAUGUUCCUUCUACAACCUGAUGUCCUCUGAAUGACAGAUGACAUCAUAUUGUUUCAGUUCAUUUCGUUUACAAUGUAUCUGCUGUCACUAGCUUUGUUUCAUAUAUUUUAAUGGGUUUAGCAGCAAUGUUUACGUUGGCCAAGAGUGACUGGAGAUGGACACCAAAUCACUUAUUGUCAUGGUUUUCAUUGUAUUGGCAUUUAGUUUGUGGUUUUUCAGAUAACUAGCUCUCACAAAUUUUUGGUGGUAGUCCUUUAUAAAAGUUGCUGGCAGUCAGUCUUAUGGCAACACUUUUCUGAAUUUUAUCUGUUUUGUGAUAUUUUGGAGAUCUUAAUGUAUCUUCAGAUCUGCUUAACUCUUAACUCAGUAAAAUGAUUCUUUCUGAAGUGCUUGCACCCAAUUUCUUCAACUGUUUCAUAUAAGAAUGAGAUAUACUAACUGACAGUAUGCCAAUGUGGACUGGUUGGAAGAUUUAUUCCUUGAGAUAUUUGAGCCAGUUCGUGUCGGCAGUUGUUUCAUUCACUACAUAGGAAGAUCUAGUGGUUAGGUGUUAAAGAAUUGCUCAAAUUUAUGUAAUGAUGCACUAAGAUGACACUGAAGUCUGUCAAUUGAUGUAAUCGCAAGACCAGCUGAAGUGUUCGUUAGAACAUGUUGCACCUACUCUUGGUUGAUUGCACUGAGGGGUGUCUUUCAUUUGGAUGUAAGACAAGAAUUGUACCAUUUUUUGGAUGUUGUGCAUAUCCAAUAUAGAUAUUGGGUAAAAAAUUUGCAUGGACUACAUUAAUCAUAGCAGAUUAUGGCUCAUUAUACAAUUAUUAUAGUGAGAUGUCUGGAUGAAGCAAAUGGUGUUUGUGACUUUUAUGGUGACCUUGUUCAUCAAUACUUUCUGCUAUGAUCAGGUCAUGCUGGAGAGAGAUACUGGCCGCCCCCGUGGAUUUGGAUUUGUGACAUUUUCUGAUCCUCGUGCUGUUGAUACUGCUAUCAGUGAGAUGCAUGGACAUGAGCUGGAUGGACGAGUCAUCUCAGUGAACAAGGCUCAGCCUAAGAUGAGCACAGAUGACACUGGCUAUGGCUACAAUGGAGGGGGAUACACAGCAGGCAGCAGAGCUGGUUAUCGUGGUGAUGAUGGGCCACCACCCGCAGGGCGUUCUGAUGAAUGCUUCAAGUGUGGUAGUCUUGGACAUUGGGCACGUGAAUGCCCUUUGGCCGGGGGAGGCAGUGAUGGUCGUUUCUCUUCUCGCUCGAAGUUCGGCAGGGGUGGUGGCCGUGGGGAUCGUGGUAGGGGGCCAGAUCGCUACAGUGAUCGCUAUUCAGAUGAUCGUUAUGAUGGGGGUCGUUAUGGGGACCGAGAUCAUUUUGGUAACAGGGACAGUCGUUAUAGUGGUGGCCGUGAUCGAUAUGCUAAUGAUCGUUACGGACCUCCUGGGGAUCGUUUUUCGGGUGAUAGGUAUGGAGGUGGACCUGAUCGUUACCCGCAGAAUGGAUACGUCAGGGAAAGAAGCUAUGAACGAGAUGGUCCGCAUGGUGGUGGUACCUAUGAUCGAGAGGGAGGGCCAAGAGGCAGUGGCUAUGACAGGGAUGGACCACGUGGUGGUGGCAGUGAUAGAUACGGGAGUGGUGGCCCUGCACGUUAUGAUGGUGGUGGAAGUUACAGGGACAGGCCCAGGCCAUAUGAUCGACCAAGCAGGGGUGGGCGCCCACCAUCUUUUGAUGUUCGCUAUUGAUGAAUGUAGGCUGUUAACAGUUAACCUGCAGUUGUUUUUCCUGACUUUGCUCUUUGCUACUCUAGGGUUGAUUGUGGAACAAUGCAGUGGUUUUUGGUUAUGUUAAUAUCAGGAUGGAAGAUCUGUUCUGUCCUUUUGCUUUUGGAAUCAUCUGAAUCCAUCUGGCAAUGUUAGCAGCUAUAUGAUAGUUUGUCUUAUACAUUCAGAUUGACUCAGUGUCUUAAUAUUCUUCCAUCUGUUGACCUGGUGGAUUGUUGCAGUGCAGGCUGUUAUAGUUUCUUUCUGUUGAUACUCGCACACUUUGUGUUGGUCGAUGUGGUAACCAUUCACUGACUACUGAGAAUACUUUUCUGAUCAGUAUAGACUCUUGCAUUCUGAUAUGCUCCUAGAUCAGCUCCUGUUUAACUAGUCUUGUGCUCCUCUAAUGUCGCCAUUGGGUGGGUUAGUUUUGAUGCAAGGAAAGUAAGUUCUCUAUGCCUGUAAUGCAAGUUUGAGCAAGGUGUUAACUAGCCGACGCGUCACCAGUUUGAAUUGCAGCCACUUGCUGAAGGUCGAGGAACCUUUUUGUUUACAUGCAAGUCUUUGGUUUAUGUUUCCUGAUGCCUGGGCAUUAUGUUGAUCCUGUUUAUUGAGAUUGAAUGCUCGUUGUGUGGUUGAAUUUUGAAACUGCUCAUAUAUUGUUCAGCACAGAUAAGGGUGAUCUGAGAUGGUGUUGAGAAUGAUGUGCAUGUUUUGGCAAACCCCCCGAUGGCAGUGUGCUUUGUGGACGUUAUUUUGCUCCCUCUUUUUUUGGGAUCAUUCUUUUAGGUGAUGGCUCUUGUGGUAUUAACUUGUCCAAAGCUUAGACAAUUUGUAUUGGAAUCUCACGUAAAUAAAGUCCUGAGUGUACAGUUAAUUUCA